GUGCAAGCAUCAGAGUAUAUUGGUUCCAUUUAAGUCCUGGUUUCUGUGACCACCUGCUUCACAAGGAAGAACAAGCAGAAGAACCUGCAAUUCUAGAAGAAAAGAUAGCUUGGUUCAUAGACAUUUCUAUUAAUAUGGAGUGAGAAAGCAAUCUCUAUGCAUGGUUGCUGGUAUACACAUCACAUGACAAGUGUAUGGGGAAAAAUGGUCUAAGAACAAAGUAUGAAUAAGCCCUCAUCAUAGCAUUUUCUUUCUUUCUUCCUCCUCGAAGCUCUCACCCUUUCUAUCUUUUCUCUCUUUCCUCUAUCUGCCACUAAAAUUUAUGAGAGAGGAAUGGAUGGUAGGUCUAGUGGCUGAACCUCAGUUAUUGAGCUCAACUUCCUUUUUUAUACAGUUCACUGUUUCUGCUUCGGCCAAUGCUAAGCUAGCAGAAAACAUCAUUAUUUAUCUUCCCACAUAUAGACAGACUCGAACUCAAUAACUCAUGAGUCGUGCCCUUUUCUUGCUAUGGUUUGUUGGGGAGUAGUUAUUGCCCCUGCAGUAACUUAUGCCACCAGUAAACAGACAAAGGUUGAUUCAAGCCUAUAAAGAUGUAGUUAAAGGAAAUGAGCAUUUGUUACCUGGUUUUUCUCCCUCUCUUCUGAGUUCUCUUCUGUAACUUCUUCCUUCACUUCCAAACUUCCACAUAAUUGUGUUGCUGGACGCAAUGGAGAUUGAGCAAAUUUCCUCUGGUGAUGGUGAUGAUCACCUUGCUGGAACUUGCCAUGCUACUGAGGGUGGUGACUCAAAGGAAGUUGAAGAUGUAGCAGCACAGGCUGUUUACCUUGUGUGGGAAGAUUUAAGUGUCGUGCUUCCAAACUUUGGUGAUGGACCAACAAGGAGAUUGCUUGAUAGGCUCAAUGGCUAUGCUGAGCCUGGGAAGAUCAAGGCCGUCAUGGGUCCAUCUGGGUCCGGGAAAACAACUCUUCUUGAUGCAUUAGCAGGUAGGCUGCCAGGAAAUGUGGUGAUGACUGGGAAUAUCCUACUUAAUGGAAAGAAGAAGAAACUCAACUAUGGUGGUGUUGGUUAUGUAAGACAAGAAAAUACACUGCUCGGGACUCUCACUGUGAGAGAAACCAUAAAAUACUCUGCUCACUUGAGACUCCCAAGCACAAUGACGAAAGAAGAAAUUGAUGACAUUGCAGAGGGAACUAUAGCGGAAAUGGGUCUCCAAGAUUGUGCAGAUCGAUCAAUCGGGAACUGGCAUUUAAGGGGCAUAAGUGGUGGGGAGAAGAAAAGACUAAGCAUUGCACUUGAAAUCCUCACUAAGCCUCACCUUCUAUUUCUAGACGAACCUACCACUGGCCUAGACAGUGCCUCGGCUUUCUUUGUGGUUCAAACUCUCAGAAACAUUGCUAAAGAUGGAAGAACCAUCAUAUCUUCGAUACACCAGCCAAGCAGUGAAGUUUUUGCACUUUUCGACGACCUUUGCUUGUUAUCUGGUGGUGAGACUGUCUACUCUGGAGAAGCAAAAAUGGCAGCAGAGUUCUUUGCUCAAGCUGGAUUCCCUUGUCUCAUAAGGCGAAAUCCUUCUGAUCAUUUCCUACGCUGCAUUAACUCAGACUUCGACCAGAUCAAACUUCCUUUGAUGGGAUCUAAACAGGACAUGGGUAAACCCUUGGAAUCUUCAACAUACUUACCCACAGGAGAGAUCAAGGCAAUGCUAAUCAAGCAAUACAGGCCAUCCAACUAUGCAGCCAGGGAAAAAGAAAGAAUAAAGGAAAUCCUGGCUACUAAAGGAAAUGCGAUUAAAAGAAAACUGAAAAGGCAAGCUAAUUGGUCAAAGCAACUCUGCACAUUGACACAAAGAUCUCAUGUGAACAUGAUGAGAGAUUUGGGUUACUACUGGGUGAGGAUAGGAAUCUAUAUAGUCUUGUCUGUAUGUGUCGGUACCAUCUUUUUCGAUGUUGGAACAAGUGGUUCAGUCUUUGCAAGAGGAGCCUAUGCAGGAUUCAUUUCAGGCUUCAUGACAUUCAUGUCAAUUGGAGGCUUUCCUUCCUUCAUUGAGGAAUUGAAGGUUUUCCAUGAAGAAAGACUAAACAGGCACUAUGGAGUAGGGGUGUACAUUCUAUCAAACUUUCUCUCUUCAUUCCCUUACUUGAUAGUUAUGUCACUCUCCACGUCGAGUAUUACCUAUUACAUGGUGAAAUCUAGAGCUGGGUUUUCAGGAUUUGUUUUCAUCUUUCUCGACCUUCUAAGCUGUAUAGCAGCAGUUGAGAGCUGCAUGAUGACCAUAGCUUCACUUGUUCCCAACUACUUAAUGGGUAUCAUUAUUGGAGCCUGCUAUAUCGGGAUCCUAAUGAUGACUUCAGGCUUCUUCCGUUUCCUGCCUGAUCUUCCUAAGGUUCUGUGGCGUUACCCAAUCUCGUACGUCAACUUUGCUGUAUGGGGACUACAGGGAGCAUACAAGAAUGACAUGAUUGGGCAGGAGUUUGAAGCUUUAGUACCUGGUGGGCCAAAGCUGAAAGGUGAAGUCUUUCUGACUACAGUGCUGGGAGUCAACAUUGGAUAUUCGAAGUGGUGGGACUUGGCUGCAGUUGUUGUGAUCCUGAUAGCUUUCAGACUUGCCUUUUAUGCUAUCCUCAAGUUAAAAGAGAGAUCUUCACCUCUGCUGAGGGAGAUUUACACCAAGCGAACGCUGCAUCAUCUAAAGAAGAAAAGGCCAUCUUUUAGGAUUUCGAGUUCUUCGCGCUUCCCUUCCAAGAGGCAUCAACAAGUCAUUCAUUCUUUGUCUUCUCAAGAAGGUCUCUUCUCUCCAAUCCACUAGGCUCGCUGUACUCAACCCACCUAAGAAGAAACAAACAAUUGGGCAAUUAGUGGAAGUGCCCCUCACCAAAUAAUUCCACCCAUAUACAUAUGUAUAUCAUGUCAUCAUGCUUAGUUGUGACAUCCUAUAAAAUUGGAACGAUACACAGAAGAUCGUGUUCUAGUGGUUACCUUGCCAUAUUGUAAGUUCUCAUGAUGAUAAGCUAUGUUCUACAAGUUCUAGCUAGAAGAAAGCAGCAGAGCAGGACUUCUCUUGCGACCUAUGAAAAUGGCUAAUCAGCCCUCUCUCUAAAUUCCAAUAUCAAACACUGGUUCCUCUCUCUCUCCAUUCAUAACCUUUCUUUCCAUCUUUCAUCUUUUCAGCCUUUUUUAUCACCUACCUUUUCCCCACCAUGCGUUGAAGCUUGGGAUCAGGAUGGAUGUUGCAGUAGGAAAUGCAUUGUUAUGCAUGUACGUGGACCUGAAUCGUAUAGAAGCAGCAAAGAAAGUCUUCUCUGACAU